CCCGCCCGGGAGGCCGUGCGGCGGAGGGGGAGCCAGCACCGGGCCCCCCCUGUACCGCUACGGCUCCCGCCUCCCUUCCGGCGGCGGCUCCUUCUCCGCGCCGGGGGCGGACGGGGCGCACCGGAGCCGCGCCGAGCCAGCCAGGCCCUGCUCUCCCUGCGAUGCCCAGCCACCCCCACGAGGUCCUGGUUCCCCUGCGUUAGGUGCUGAAGCAGCAGACUCCUGGUGCUGCAGACACCAAGGUGGCCCAGGUCAGCCAGCCCGGACAGCAGUGGAUGAGCGCUGGGCACUGGCCUAGCCACACGCACACACCGGCACCAUGGACUUCGUCAUGAAGCAAGCGCUGGGAGGGGCCACCAAGGACAUGGGGAAGAUGCUGGGGGGCGAGGAGGAGAAGGACCCCGACGCGCAGAAGAAGGAGGAGGAAAGGCAGGAGGCUCUGCGCCAGCAGGAGGAGGAGCGGAAAGCCAAGCACGCCCGCAUGGAAGCGGAGCGGGAGAAAGUCCGGCAGCAGAUCCGUGACAAGUACGGGCUGAAGAAGAAGGAGGAGAAGGAAGCAGAGGAGAAAGCUGCUCUGGAGCAGCCGUGUGAGGGCAGCCUGACGCGCCCCAAGAAGGCAAUCCCAGCAGGCUGUGGGGACGAGGAAGAGGAGGAGGAGGAGAGCAUCCUGGACACCGUCCUCAAGUACCUGCCCGGCCCACUGCAAGAUAUGUUCAAGAAGUAACAGCACCGUCAACCCUGCCAUAGGGUGCUGGGGCACGGGCGCCCUCUCUCCUACAACUCCUCCAUCAGUUCCCUUGGCCCCGGAGAGGGGGUCCCCACACCCCCUCCCAUCCCCUCCUGCCCUGUCCCCCAACCAGACCAAAAGCCCGCCCCGUCCCGUCCAGGCAGGGCCCCCCCACCACGCCAAAGGGGAGCAGCCCUGGCCGGACAGGGCGAACCGGGACCAAAUGCACUGAUGUAACCUCGCGGCAGGCUAGGGGCACCCAGGCCCUACCGGCCCCCCCCGGGGUGGCUCCUCGUGCCCCCUGCCCUGCCCCUUCUGUUCUCCCAGGGGACCCCAGCAGGCGUCUGCUCGCCUGCCCUCGUCCCCAACACUGCCAUCCCCCUGCCCCCUCCCGCCCUGGGCCAAGCCCAAAGCACAAAGCCAGGCGCCCUGCCCGCAGCUCCCCCAUCCCCGGUCGUCGGGCACGGGGGUCCCCCGGGGCUGCCCGGUGUGCUCCUGCAUCGGGGGGUUGGAGGGGACCCCCCCCCGUCCCCGCAUCUCUGGCCCCAUAGUUAAAGCCAUAUCAGUUAGACUGCAAUACUUCAGCACCGGGAGGAGCGGGCGCCGCGCUCCGCCGACCGUGUACAAAGGCACGCGCGGGGCAGGGCCCCCCUGCCUCGCCCCCCGUCCCCGCCGCUCGCUCGUCUGUGUCUUGGCCCCCGUUCUCGCAUUAGUGUCUCCGUGCCAGGGUGCGCCCCGUCGCUCCAUGCGUCCUCGUGUCCGCUGCUCAGCCUCCCACCCCCGAGUCCCCACUGUCCCCGGGGGCCGCCCGCGGCGCCCCUCGCCGCGCUGCUGGGACCCCCACUCCGCCCCCUGCAAUAAAGCCAGCGCGGGGCCGAGGGCUGCCGGGCCAGUCCCGGGCUGGGAGCACCCGGCUGCCCUCACCUGGCGCUGGACACGUGGGUCCCCGGGCCUGGGAAGGGAUCCCCGGGCAAGCGCCCCGGGAUGUCCCAGGAGCCGCUGCUUGCACCCCAGCGGGGGGAGGCAGGGGCACACCCCCAUCCCGGCCCGUCUCUUGCCGCACCGUGCUCCCCCCUCCCUGUGCUUCCUCAGCCACGGCCCCCGGCCGCUCACCAGGGCCCUCCCAGGAGGUGGCGGGCAGCCCGGGGCCCCACAGACAUGCUGUGACCAUCCUGCUCGAACUAGUCUUUGACGAACUAAUAAAAUAAAGGGAUUUGUACAUUGCUCCGGCCUCUUCUCGUCCGUUGCUCUCCCGGGCCCCCACGUCAGGUCCCUCGCCCCGGCAACCUCAGGGUGGAAAUCUGGCAGCUCCUCACACACGGGCUGGCCCCCAGCCAGGCCUGUACAGGUGCAGGAAGCAGCCACAUGUGGCUCCCCUGCUCAUUGCUGCUGCCUUCCUACUCCACAGGCAUCUGUGCUCUCUGGGGCUGGGGAUGAGACAAAAGGGAUGUCCCACAGACAUAGCAUGAGGGUUUCUCCCCCCUCCCCUUGACUCCAGGACCUCCCUCACUGAAUGACUGGGGUCCAAGGGCUGUUUCUGAUGGGUCACAACCUUCUACCACUCCAAGAGAGGAGCAGGAGGCUGUGGGCAGAGGCCCCAGCAGUGCCCAGGCUUGGCACAGCUCGGGAGGCUUCAGCCUGGUGCCAGCCUCAGCUCUGACUGAUGUGCCAUCAUUUACCAGCAAAGAGCUCAGCUGUUACCCAGGCGGCAUCAGCAGAGCAGUCACCCAGAAAAGCUCCUGUCAGAAGGAAAUAUGAGGGUAGGAAACGGCUGAGAUCUCACAGGCAAGGUCUCCAUCGCAGGCAGGCUGUGCCCUGUGACCCGGCACGAUGGAGCAGGCGGGGACAAAUCCCCACAGCCCUCCCUGGGCAGUGGGGACAGGGCAGGGGAAGGGCUGUGCCCGGGGACCAGCAGC